AUGGCCACCAUGGAAACGGAAGCGCCGCCAUUGAACGACGUCGAUAUCGUCCGUUUAGCCCAACGAAAACAAUUUUCGAACAGCCACCAGCAAUCCAACACUUCCCUGCCUCCGUUUCUCCUCUCUCCCCACUCUCACAAGCUCCUCCUCUCUUACCUCCACUCACGCGCCGCCUCUCCUUCUCCCUCCUCCGCCGUUUCCGAAUACGUCACCUCCCUCCUCUCCCUCAUUUCCCUCUCUCCUGAAACACCCGCUGUCUAUUCUUUGCUCUCUUCUCUUCUCUCAUCAUACACUCGAAUAUUCCCUUCGCUUCCCCACGACUCAAAUUCCCUCAAAACAAUCACUUUUUUCCAUACCCUUUUGAUCCAUAUCCCUUUGGACGACCUCAAGUCAGUUAGUGAUUCGGUUGUAUCAGGUCUACCAGUGGUUGUUACAGUAGAUGAUUGCCAACUAUUUGAUCUUUUGCCUCAAUGUUUUGAGUUUAUUCGCAACGGGGAGGAAAAGGGAGGGGAUUACGUGAAUUCGAUUGUGGACAAGAUUUUUGAUUCCCAAUGGUCAAAAGGGUUUUUGCUUAAAAUGGUUUCCAUCGCCAAAGAGUUUAAUUUUCUUGAUAAAAUGAGAGGGAAGGAGUUUUUGGAGAAAGUUUUUGCGGGGAUUAAAAGUGUGGAUUUGAUGGAUUUGCCUUCCAUUGUUUAUCAGUUAUUAGUUUUGGCUUCAAAAGGAUUCAAUAAAAGGGAGAUUCUUGAAGGGAUUGUGUGGUUUUUUGGGUCUAAAUCGGGUUCAAAAAUGGCUUCAACAGUUAGGCAAGUUGAGGGGACUGUUUUGUUGCAUGUUAAUUUUGCGGUGAAGCAGGAUCCUUCAUUGGGGAAAGAGGUUUUGGGUCUAGUCAAAUCAGAUCUUCGAGCUUUUAAUCAUUUCACGGUGGCUGUUUUAUUGUCGGUGUCAAGGGUACGGAGGUUCAGUGAAAGCUCAAUGGCUAUUUUGAAAACAGCAUUGCUUACAGCUUACCGUGACUAUAAAUUCACCAAAGAAUGCAAAUGGAUACCAGAUGAUAUCAAGGAAGAAUAUCUGAGUAGUGUUACAGUGGUCGAAAAGUCCUUGUUAAGAGCUGUAAAUGAGAGCAACUAUGGGAGGGAGCAGAUGGUGCCUAGUAUUUUGCAAUUUGGUUUUAUCUUGCUAGAGUCAGUUGAGGAGGCAAACUGCAAAGUGCUCAGCGUUUCUGAUGGUCUCCUUGGCAUUGAAGAUCUUGGUAUUCAGAUGCUGAAAACUCUAUUUGAGGUUCAUGAUAUGGCAAGAAAUGAGAUUAUCGAGCAAAUCAAGUUUCACAUUCUCUCUUUGAAGCCAGAGUUGAGUAGGCUGAUAAUAAGGCUGCUUUGUCAUCUCAUCCAGUGUUAUCCUUACCCUAUGUUGGAACAUGUUCCUCGGCUUAAGGAAUUGUUGGAUUACUUCACUUUCAUGGAUGGAAAAAUUGCCUCUUAUCUUGUUAGUGCUCUUUUGCCUCUCAUCAGAUUCAGCCGUGAUCUUCGGGAUUACACUAUUUUGGCUGUGCGCAAGGCUUUUUUCAGAAGAGAAGAUACAGUUCGUGUUGCAGCAACAAAUUCUAUUAUUGAACUUAUACUUGCAGAGAAGCAACCUAAGGAGGGUGGCUUGUUUUCUCUCCAGGACUCGUCAAGUCAAGCAAGCUGCAGUCAGCAAGCUGACAUACCUUGCAGUAUGGGGGGAGAUCUAUUUCAGGAGUUGAGUGCUUUGCUGCAGAGAUGUUUAUAUCAGCAGGCAAAGGUGAAGGAAGUGAUGUAUCAAGGACUAGUGAAGCUUGUUCUAGCGGAUCCGGCAAUUGGAGGGCUAGUCUUUGAUUUUCUCUUACCUCAUUUUCUGCAGUUUUUCAAAGAGGGUUCAGAUGUCCAAUUAGGAGUCAGCUCUUGCAUUAGGUUGGAAAAUGGCAAAGUAAUUAUUCAGGAGCCCCUGGAUAGCCUUCUUUCUUGUGUUUCCUGGAUUUUGCUUCUUCAGACACAUGGCAAAACCAAUCAACCCUUGGAUUCUAUUGGGGCGUGUUUCGGUUUCUCCCUUUCUCAAGAGAAUGAGGAUGUUAGGAACAUGUCUACUGAGGUGUUUACUGGUGCUUUAUUGAAGAUUCGAAAGUUUCUAAGAAAUGCAAAUUUGGAAGACAUUCUUGGUUGUACUCGUGAUGGCUCUGCAUCUACUCAUGAUGGCUCUGUAUCUGCUCUUGAAGAGAAACGGAAAUGUUGCGCGUUAAUUUUGUCUGGAGUUGUUGAGGUGGUAUUGAAUGCCAUUGCAAUGGAUUUGGAGAAAGCAACGGAUCAAAAGAAGGUUGAACUUGAAAAGGAGAUUAUUCAAUUUAUUGACCUUCAUGAUUCAUUGGCAAAGGAGGCAAGUACUUCAAGACAAAGCAAUGCUGGCAAAAGACCAAAUUUACGAGCUACUGCAAAUGAUACAACGGAUAACCUUGACUCAGGCAACACCAAAUUGACACAAGAGCAUACCCCUUUCUUGGCAACGUCAAGCAUCUAUCAGUUAUUGCUAAUAGCACUGAAGCUAUACAGUAUGGAAAGCUCUGACAUCGAAGCAGCUUCACAGAAUCAUAGCCAGUCAUCCUUGAGCAAGACAUCAACAUGUUGUAAGAUUGUUUUGUUUGCUUUGAAUGCUUCCCUUCAUCAUGUAAAAUCUUUAGUCACCAAGGGAAAUGAUGAUCCGGUGAAGAAGUUGAUCUAUGGGGAAAUCAAUAUGCUGGGGCCUCCUUUGCUUAGAUUAACACUUUUGCUCAAACUGGGUUCAAAUGUCACAACUAGUCAGAAGAAAAAAGAAAGCAAGGGGAAAAAAGAUUCUGAGGGAAGAAAGGAAUAUCUCCAUCUUGCUUUACUUUCCCUGAAGGAAAUGAUAACAAUCAGUUUGAGCGGUUCUCGUUUGACUCAAUUGCUUGAAAAUCUGUUGUUGGUUCCUGAACUCAAGAAUGUUGAUUUGCAUGAUGAAUGUGAUCAAGCCUCUGAAAUUGAUGACCAAGAUAUAAGAAGCAAAGAGUUAUUCAUUCGGAGAUAUUUGAAGCCGUUGCUCAUGGAUCUUGUGAAACUAUCAGCUCUUCGUACUGUUGAGAUUCUUUGUGAUGUCAUGUUGAUGAUUUGUCACAAAUUGCCCUGCAAAUGGACAAACUCUCAUGGAGAUUGGGCUAUUCAUACUUGCAAAUCGUACAAGACAACGAACUCUAGCAUUGCGAAAACCAUGGUUAGACUAGCCAUCAAUUUGAGCUCACCACCAACAGAUUUGCUUGUGGCUCAAGACAUGUUAAAGGAGCUACUAAAGUUUAUAGGAUCAAACAACAGCGACUCAUCUCAAGUCUCGGAAUACCUCGUCAUAAACCAAUCAACAGCCAGUGCUAUAGCUUCUUGUCUAUUUCAAAUAACAGACACUGUCAUUUUAGACAUGGAUUGGUCAACUAAAAAACUAAAGUCAGCUUCACAAUUUUCUCACAGAACCAUUCAUCAAAGCCAGAACAGAGAGUGUUAUCCGGGUUUUGUAUUCGAGGAAAAUGUUUAUUCGAGGGUUAAAGCUGUUGUCGAGCUUUUAUCUUCUUUUGUUUUGAUGAGCCUCAAGGAUAGUCAAGCAGAGCAUUUUCUUAGAUUAACUGCAAGAUUUUACAAGAAUUUAGCUCAGAUUUCAAAGCUCAGGAUUGCUCCUAAAGGUCACAAGCAGCUCUUACCAAGCCUUCAAUUCCAGAAGCUUGUUGAACUAACUUGCAAGGAGCUCACCGUUCCACUCUAUAACUUCGUGGCAGAGAUGCAACAAGCUCAACAAGGGAGCACAAACAGCAAAGGAAUGGUAAACAAGAUCAAGAGGGAGAACAAAUGCAUCCCGGAGCUGAUAUUUCAGAUUGAAGAUUAUGAAAAACAUCUGAUUCGACUCAGCAAAGCCACGAAGAUGAACUUAUUGAAACAUGCUAAACGCAGCACUUCACGAGACUUCAAAAUCUUGGACCCAACAACAAAUGUUGUAGGACAAGAUGUUCCCACCAAUGGUGGACAUGGAAAUGACAAUGAGAACGAAACAUGCAGCGACUCUGAAGAUGACAACAACAAUGGUGAAAAUGGUUCAUAUAAGGUGUUGUCACAUGAACAAGUGGAGUCUGAAACCGAUGCUGCUGAUGAUGAUGGAGCUGCUGAUGUCCCAACUAUCAAGAGGGCGAAAAGGUCUAGCAUUGUUCAUGAUUCCGAUGAAGAUUGAGCAAUGUUGAUUUAAGGAUUUAAGGAUUGCACUUGUAACAAGGUAUGCAAACAAUUUUCUCUGGUAAAAUACGCCUCCUUUUGCCCCUCAAAUAGGGCUGUAAAUGGACAGAAAGGUGGUCAUGCCUCAACAUUGAAGAUGAAGACGUAUAAGAUGUAUAUGUGAUGUAAGCAGUCCGUUGGCAAAUCCCGUGUUUAGCUUUGGA